ACCACCCGAUAGGUGUUGGGUUUUAAUCACAAAAGGCCUCGGUACAAUUGGGUGAGAUCCACCCACUUAUAAGUUAUAUUUUAUUUGUCACUUUUCCAAUGCGGGAUCUUUCCUCUCCAACAUACAAAAUAUACUGGUAUAUUGCACAGCGAAGAUAGCCAAAUUUGUGCCAGAAGAAAGGUACGUGGUUCUAUUUAGCUUGCCCAAAAUGCUUCAGGGAAAUGAGGAAAAAGCCACAAAGCCAAUUACUAAUCUGUACAGAACAUGAUAUGCAGCAACCUCUUUACAGAUUCAUAGUAACUGCAUUGAUAACUGAUGAAACUGAUGAGGCAUCAGCUAUCAUAAAAGGGAAACAAGGGGAGGAACUAUUUGGUACGACAUGUGAGGACCUCAUCCUCAACAAAAAUCAUGACAAUCCAAAUAUACUACCACAAGAAAUUCUCCGAAUAGAGGGCCAAAUCAAACUGCUGGAACUUGAAAUAGGCACUGCACAAAAUGUUAUUGUCAAGGGAAUACAUGAAGAUAUUCGUGGACUAAAUCCAACUCAGAGAAUUCAGCCCUCUAGCUCAACAGCCGACAACAUCCAGCCUUCAAGCUCAACACCCGACAAAGUUGAAACAACAAAAAAAAGGAACAAUCAAUCGUCUGAGUCUGACAAACAACUUUUCAAAACAUAUCCAACCAAAAAUCUCAAAAUGAAUGACAUCCUCACAGAUUCACUUGAAGACUCAUUUCGAGACUCAUCUGAAGACCUGAUGUAAAUAGCUACCCGUCUUCACAUGUCUGAAGACCUAAUGUAAAUAGCUAUCCAUCUUCACAUGUUUUGGCCAAGCCUAACCAUUUUUGGCACAAUGUACAUAAACAACUACUUGGUUAGCAUGCAUAUUUUUGGAAAUCUGGCUAAAUACCAGAUUUAAAAUCUGGAAAAGGCAUCAGAUUUUUGGUUAGCAUUAGUAGCCUUUAACAUCUACCUAUAAUGUAGUUUCAAUGUAAUAUAUCUAUAAUAUAAAACAAUGUGUUUCAAUGUUA